CCGGAAGCUGGCAGGAACUGGAGCUCCGGUGGUAUUUUCUACGUGUUGCUGUGGUGGCGCCAAGGCCUGUUAACUGGAGGCUGGCAAGAAGGCGGCAGCAUUGUAGGGAAUUCACCGAACAGACAUAUUUAUUACUAGUUGUUGCUGGCUUAUAUAAAUGAAGAUCAUAUGUGACUAGUCAAGCCGAUUACAGUUAUCCACGUCAGCAUACUUUCUCGAAAUCAAGCUAAAUGCUGUACAUUGAUAACUUGAGAUGUAGGGACUAUACCAUUCUAGGCUUCAACAGUUUUUCUUUAGUCAACAUAAUCUUUCGGAUUCAUAGGGAAAUUAUCUUCAGAACUAGUAGAAAAGUCACUUAGAGGUAAAAUUUGAUGCUCUAUGAAAACAGAAGAAGACCGUGGAAGUGACCUCAGGCUAGAAGAGAUCUGGUCCAGUCCCAGUUUUACCUGGUUGAGGUUGGUCAGCUGUCCUCGCCCCGGUUUUCAUGUCUGUCAGAGAUGAGAUAGACUCAGAUGAGCAAUGGUAUCUGCUUGGACACUGAGACAUUGUGAAGGUAGAAGCAUCUUAGAUGAAUCCGGAAACGAGGCGGAAGUGCCAGACACCAGUUUGGCUGACUGUACACAGAGGGAGUCGACGAAAAUCAGGGGAAUGGUAGGUUAGCCCCAGGUGAUGUAGGACUUUGGUUGGAAUUUGGACUUAUUCUGGAGCAAUGAGUAUGCGAGGACAAGUUUUUGAGAUAAGGGAAUGCAGUAAUUACCGUUUUGAAAGUUCAGGGAGUAUGGUAAUGAGUUUUGAAAGACUGUCCAAACAGCAGUUGGUAGGAUGACUUAGAGAAAGGAGAGAUUGUGAAGUUUAGGUAAAUGACCGGUAAUGAGAGCCUAAAUGAACAGUGGCAGUGGGUGGGAAGAUUCAAGAGAUCUGUGUGUGUAGCUUGGAGUUUGUACUUAAGUUUGGCGUUGUUCAAAAUUUUGCAGCUCUUGCCUCCAGGUUAUGAUGGCAAAUCACCUUGUAAAACCUGAUACUAGAAAUUGCAAGAGACCAAGAGAGUUGGAGCCUCAAAUGCCAGAUAGUCCACAACUGUCCUCUCUUGGAAAAUCAGAUUCCUCUUUCUCUGAAAGCCCUGGACUAUUUGAUAAAGAUGAAUCCCUGGAGAAAGAUUUGAAUGAUAUGAGCAAGGAAAUUAAUCUAAUGUUGUCUACAUAUGCAAAGAUUUUAAGUGAGAGAGCAGCAGUAGAUGCUUCUUAUAUCGACGAGAUAGAAGGACUCUUCAAAGAAGCCAAUACUAUUGAAAACUUUCUAGUACAGAAAAGAGAGCUCCUGAGACAGAGAUUUACAGUUAUUGCAAAUACACUACACAGUUAAAAGUUGUGUACUUAAAAUAAGCUGAUAAUUUAAACCCAUUAUUGUUGUAAGGAAAGAAUGACAUUUGUGCUCUGAAAGCUGUAGAAAAUGUAUACCUUAAACAUAGAAGGGGAAACACCUUGAAUUUCUUUUCUAGACUUAAAGGGAGCUUUAAACUGGAUAUUAAUACCUUUUCUUUUGAGAGUCAACUCUUUGGUGUAGUUUAUAAAAGUGUAAGUUAUUUAAAUUAUUAUUGAUUCUUUUUUUUUUUUAAACUCCUAGUCUUCAACUUCUAAAAGAGGAUGCAAUGAGUUAAUUUGACAAUGUCUAACAAUAUUGUACUUUUGGGGGGAAUAUUUUAUUUAAGUAGAAGAUGGCAUUGGAGAUAGU